AUGGUUGUUGAAAAUUGCAACUGUCUAGGCUCAAGAAACAGAAAUAUUUGGUCAAGUUAUGAGAGAGUUGGCCAUGACCCUAUUGUAUGUGUCAAUGAAUUUAUGAGCAAAAUAAAGAUAGCAAGUUUGAAAACACUGUGGAGGAAGAUCAAGAGAGAAAAGAAGAGGAGAGUUUUUAGAACUUCCUCACCUGUGUUUCUAUAUGAUCCUAGUUCUUAUUUACAAAAUUUUGAUGAUGGUUAUGUCAAUGAUCCUGGUCAUUUUUCAAGAUCAUUUUCAGCUAGAUUUGCAGUACCAUGCUCCAAAAUGUUUGUGAAGAAUAUUGAAGUGAUAAAUGAUGGUGAAAUAUUGGAGAUCAACGAUGAAAGCUAG